CAUAUUUCUGUACCACUUGGUGAGAUGUAACAAAUGUUAAUUAAAUAAUAUUUCUUUUUUCAAUUGAUGAAGGGAACCUGUAUGUGGGCAUGUGUGCCGUGAAUGCUACGUCCAGCUGGGGCAUGUAUCACGACAACAUCAGAAGCAAGGUGAAACGGCGGGUGCAUCAUGCAAGAGAUUGCAUAGUCAGCUAACUCCCGUAAAGACCCCAAGGAAGAGGAAAGUCUUGAAAUCAGUUGCAACAAGUCCUUUCCACUUCCAUCCUUGUUGCACCACUAAGAAAAAGAAUUCAACAAGAAAGGCGAAGACGUCAUUCAGAACAAAAGCUACCAAUUUGAUCACAUUGUCCAACUACGAACAAGCACUGUCUGUUCUGUGGAAGUCCAGCAAAGUAUUUCAGGUUGCGUUCAAGUCUUUCGUUAGGAAACAAAUUUACAAAGAAGCGCAAAACUUCAACAGGCAACCGAGUACCCUUAAGAAAAGUCUCGAAAUAGAGAGCAUUUCGACGUUUUCUUGGAGCAACGUUGUAAAGGAAAUCAAGACAAACAUGCCUGUCGCACACAGUGCGUUUUCCGGACUACUUGAAAAAAAAAUCAUUACAGCUGGUGCUGUCCAGAAACUGCCUAUUGCAGACCAAAAGCUUGGAGCUUCUGUUGCAAUCGCCCUGGCCAACAGGAAUCCCAAAGCGUACAAACUGCUGCAGUCAUGGGUAGCAGUGCUACUUUGGAGAAGCGGCUGCACACAGAAGGUUUUUUCCACCUUGCGGUCAAUCGGCAUUUGCCAAACUCCGACGAACGCAAGGAGAUGUGUCGAUCGCAUUGCGAAGCAGUUCGAUGCAGAACUCGAACAGUGGAAGAAAACCACCGAGGAUGAGACACGCUGCACUGUUCUGGCUUCUGACUGUGAUGUCAUUUUAGAAGACCUUGGUGUUAGGCCUCUUCACUUUGAGAGCGAAGAAUGUCAAGCGUCUGCAUCUGUGGAGUGUGUGGAGGUUGUGAAGGACAUACAGAAGAAGCGCGCGCUGCUAGAGAAGGACAUCAUGAAGAAGCUGCACGCCGCCACCGACCAGCAGCCAACGACCCGGGUACCGGAGGAAACGACCUCUCCAGCCGUUACAAGCCCUCCGCCGAAACCCAAGCCAACCGUCACUGUCGCCGCCGCAUCCGUCGCCACGGCAACGACCGUCGUCACGGCAACGCAGCCUCCGAAGUCGCCAGAAGCGAAGCCCGUGGGGACGCCACGAGGGAGCAAGAAGCGGAAGUCUGAGAGUAACACACUCAUUGACAUUGAGACAGUAACGCCAUCUGUCAGCAAGCCCAAGAAACAGAAGAUGAUAGCAACAGGUGUCCGGG